AUGAUAGACACAAUUCCUUCAAAAGUUAUUAAUUGGAGCAUUCUUAAUGAAAUAAUAUCAAUGGAUGAAGAUGAUCCAGAAUUUUCUAAAAGUUUAAUUACACAAUAUAUUGAUCAAGCAACCACUACUUUUCAUCAGAUGGAUGAUCAUUUAAAUGGGGACAAGGACUUGAAGGAGUUGGACAAUUUAGGACAUUUUUUAAAAGGAUCCUCUGCAGCUCUAGGUUUGCAAAGAAUUGCUUGGGUGUGUGAAAGAAUCCAAAAUUUGGGUAGAAAGGCAGAAGAUUCAUUUCCUAAAAAAUCAGAACUUUUGAAGACAUUACCAUCUACAAUUACAGUUGAGGACAAAGAUAAAUGUGUGGAUAAUUCUUCUGAAUCAGAUAACAAAGAAACAGAUACUUCUGGGGAUGAGUUAUAUCUGAAUCUAAUCAGCCAGGCUUUAAUUCAAGCUAGGAUUGAGUUUAAACUGGCGAGAAAAGAGUUAUCAGCGUAUUAUAAAACUGAACUUUAG